AUGCCAAACAUUUUAAGAAAAAGUGUACCACUCAAAAAUAUUACUAAUGUUAAAAAAGAUAUUUUAAAACCAUGUAAAAAUUUAUCAAAUGAUGAAGAAAUAAUCUAUAAAUCACAAGUAGCGCAUGACAAAGUUGAAAUAUGCAUGGUUUAUAAAUACAAUAUCGAUAUAUUUAACUUUUUAAAAGAAAUAGAUUGCAGUUAUAGAUUUUUUAAUGAAGAAAUAUCUUUUAAAGACAGGAGUAAUAUGGUAGAUUGGAUUAUAUAUGUACAUAGUAGACUUAAUUUGUCACAAGAGACACUUUUUCUUGCUGUACAUAUUAUUGAUAAAUUUUUAAUUAAAAAAACAAUACCUCACAAUAAAUUAUUUUUAGUAGGUGUUUCUGCUCUAAUGAUAGCGUGUAAAUUUGAAGAGGUUGUAUGUCCAACACUCAACAAUCUAGUAGUUCUUAGUGGAUACAAAGUAACAGAAGAUGAUAUUAAAAAGGCAGAAAAAUACAUGUUACACAUUUUAGAGUAUAAUAUAUUGUUUAGUAAUCCGCUAAAUUUUCUUAGAAGAUGUAGUAAAGCUAAUAAUUACGAAAAGAAAAGUCGAACAGUUGCCAAAUAUAUAUUGGAAUUAAGUUUAUUGUAUGAGAACUUAUUAGAGUUUACUGGGUCAGUGAAGGCAGCCGCGUCUAUGUAUUUAGCACGGAAGAUAACGCAACAAGACACGUGUAAAAAUCUUUUUACGUUGUAUUCAGGACAUUCCAAAGAAGAACUACGAGAAUGUUUUAAUAAUUUAAUACAGAUAAUAGCGCAGCCAAUUGAGUUUGAAAACAUCAAAAAGAAAUAUGAUACACAAAAGUAUAAUUUUAUAGCUACAUUUGUCAGUGAUUAUGCAAAAAAGACAUUUUAUUAA